UGAUUUUAGUAAACGUGUUCUUUGCUUUGAGAUAAAACAACAAGCGGUAUAAAACCAAAAGCAAAGAUUCAAAAUAUAUUUUUCAGAGAAUUAAUUGCUUUGUAAUAGAAUAAAAAUGUCUAACUCUGUAACAAAUCUUGUGUGUGUCAACGAUUAUGAAGAAUAUGCCAAGGAGAAGUUAAAAAAUGGCAGCUUUGACUUUUAUAAUGGUGGAGCUGGACAACAAAGAACUUUGGAAUGGAAUAAAACUGAUUUUAGCAAAUAUCGCAUCAGACCAAAAUAUAUGCGCAACGUAAAAAAUAGAAAUUUAUCAACAAAUAUCUUGGGUAAGCCUGUAGCAGUUCCCGUAGGAAUAUCUCCCUCUGCUUUUCAGAAAAUAGCACACCCGGAUGGAGAAUGUGCUACUGCGAAAGCUGCUCAAGAUUCAGAAACCAUCUUGAUAUUAAGUUCACACUCUAAUUGUACCUUUGAAGAUGUCGCGAAAGCGGCACCAAAUGGAAGAAAAUGGCUACAAUUAUAUAUUUUCCGAAGCAGGGAAAUUACGAAAGAUUUUGUAAAAGAAGCAGAAAAAAAUGGAUACGAAGCAUUGGUAGUUACCGUGGAUUUUGCUUUAUAUGGUAUACAUUUAGGAGAUUUAAGAAGCCAGUUUAAGACGCCACCUCACCUAGAGUCGAUCAACUUUAACAAAUAUAAAGAUGGCAAGAAUGCAAUAAACUUUAUUGAUUUUUCGGAUCCAGAAGCCGAAUGGAGCUACAUUACUUGGUUAAAAACUAUCACUAAGCUACCAAUCGUAGUCAAAGGGGUCUUGACAGGUGAAGACGCUAUUGCAGCAGCAGAUGCAGGAGCUUCUGCUAUUCUCGUAUCGAACCAUGGCGGUAGACAACUAGAUACUCUUCCCUCAGCGAUAGAAGCAUUACCAGAAGUAGUAAAGGCAGUAGGAGAUAGAAUUGAAGUAUACAUGGACGGAGGAGUCAGAGAUGGCACUGAUGUAUAUAAAGCUCUAGGACUGGGAGCUAAAAUGGUGUUUGUUGGUAGACCUGCAUUGUGGGGUUUAACUCACGAUGGAGAAAAAGGUGUUAAGAAAAUUUUAGAGAUCCUAAAAAAGGAACUAGAAAAUGCAAUGGGAAUUACAGGAUGCUCAAAAAUAACCGAUAUAAAUAAAGAUCGAGUUGUUCAUGAAAGCUACUACGCAAGGCAAUGGUGAGAUUUCAGUAUAAACAUUUUUGAUACCAGUAUAGACACAGCAAUCAUCGACGUCGAGACCAAAAAAUUUACAACUAUUUAAGAAAAAACUUUAGUCUUUAAUUCAUUAAAUACAAAAAUACAUAUUUUAGUUUUAAUCCAUUUCCAUCAAUAAUAAUUAAGCAUAGUGUAAUUGUUCAGUAAAAAUAAAUAAACUUGUUUUUGCUU